UGUUGUGUCGCCGCGGACGCCCCGGUGGAGGAAUCCAUCGCCCCGGUGGAGGAAACCAUCGCCCCGGUGGAGGAAACCAUCGCCCCGGGACACAGAAAAACCCCGGAACAGUGAAGGUGGCCCGGGGUGGAGUCAGCAGCCGCAGCCCCCUCUCUCAGCCCCGCACUGUGACUCCGCUCUUCCUCCGGCUCCACUCGGCUGUCAGCAAAGUCUCUGUCCGAGGAAAGUGGAGUUAAAACCGGCGACACCCAGGAUAUUUCCCCCGAGUGGUUCCUCCGUGUUCUCCCCCGUGUUCUCCUCCGUGUUCUCCCCCGUGUUCUCCUCCGUGUUCCCCGACAGAAGCUCCGACCAGCGGCAGUAUGGGGGCUUAUGAAGACAAGAAGGAAAAAUGUGGAACCAUCUGCCUGAAGUACCUGCUGUUUGCGUUCAACUUUCUCUUCUGGGUGGCAGGGGGCAUCGUGAUGGCGGUGGGUGUUUGGACCUUGGUGGAGAAGAGCGACUACAUCAGCCUUCUCUCCUCCAAGACCUACGCCGCCUCCGCCUACAUACUGGUCCUGGCUGGAGCCAUCGUCAUGGUAACAGGCGUGCUGGGCUGCUGCGCCACCUUCAAGGAGGAGAGGAGGCUGCUGCGAGUGUACUUUGUCCUGCUGCUGUGUAUCUUCCUGUUGGAGAUCCUGGCUGGCGUCCUGGCGUAUAUCUACUACCAGCAGUUGAACGAGGAGCUGAAGCAGAACCUGAGGGAGACAAUGAUCCAGAAAUAUCAACAGAAGUCCCAUGAAGGCAUCACCAGGGCUGUGGACAAGCUGCAGCAGGAGUUCAAGUGCUGUGGAAGCAACAGUUCCUCCGACUGGGCCGCGAGCAUCUGGAUCCGCUCCAGAGAAUCCGACUACAGGGAGGUGCCUGACAGCUGCUGCAAGAGUCAGACUGAGUUGUGUGGCCGCAGGAGCCACCCGUCCAACAUCUACAAGGUGGAGGGCGGCUGCAUCAGUAAACUGGAGGAAUUCAUCCUGGACCACCUGAAGAUCAUUGGAGCGGUCGGAGUUGGAAUUGCCUGCGUACAGAUCAUAGGGAUGGUGUUUACAUGCUGCCUAUAUCGAAGUCUAAAGUCUGAGCCGUACUGAGAGAGGCAGAGGGAGAGAAGUGUGUGGGCGAAGGAGGUAACUUCAUCACGGCGUGCCGCACUCAAACAGCCCAUAGGUUCUUUUCUUUGCCGCGCACACAGGGGGAGGACAAAUUUGGCGAGGGAUCACAUCGUACAUCCGAAGAUUUCAUCUCGAUAAACAAAGGGUGGAAAAACACUACAAGGUUUCUUGAAGCAAUUAGGCACUUAAAUUACGUUCUCGGCUGAAACAGCGCGGUGAGAAAAAAGCCUCUGACAGAAACUGAUGAGAAUUAGACUUGAUUGUGUAACUCCGCCUCCACGGGACUAAAAACACUGUCGUUUUCUUCCGCUCUGAUUCCCCUGAUGUACGUUGAUAUGUGAGGAUCGACACCAGAGAGAGUGGUGUAAAGAUCAGUGGAGUUAAACUGGCACUUUGCAGAAAUUAUUAAUCCUGGUCGCAGCAGCAGCAGCUUCUUUCUCAGCAGCAUGUUUCAACAAACCCACCCCAGAGAUCUUCUUCUGAAACAUUUAGUUUCUCUGUUCGAUCGCGGCCUUUUAAACAUUUUGUUAGUUUUAUACUUUGUAAAUGAUGAUUUUCUCCAACACCUGAGGAGCUUUUCUUAUGAGCGAUUACUUCCUGUUUUCAUGCCUUAAUAAUUAAGAAUAACUUUGCUGUGUCAUCACGUUUUAAACUAACCUGUUAGAUUAUCUGUGCAGGUUCUGUAUCGCUUCUCUGUUAAUGAAGUGAUAUUGUGAUCGUGUUAAUGAAACGAACAAGCAGUGCCACUGAAUCGCUCAUGAGAAAAGUUCCUCGUGUUUGUGUUCUUACCUUUUUUUAUACGAGGGAUUUGUGCCAAAGUUGUCGACUGUAACGUUUUGUGAUGGACCUGCUGUUUGUUUUCCAGCCUUAUCUACGUAUCCACUGAUGCCUCUUUUUUAGAUUGUUUUCUUAAAUGAAGAUUUAGUUCACUUUCCACUAGACCAUGAAUAUGUAUUAUUGUAUUUAACUGGACACCUGGUAGAUGAUGAUAGUUUCUCACUGUUAGAAAAAUGAUGUUAUCCUGUGUGCCUCAGAGACGACCCUAAAUGAAUCUGCUGUAUUUUCUGUCUGUGUGAUAAUCCAGGGAAUUAUUUUACUUUGAAUAAACAUCAGUCUACACUUCA